AUGUUCAGUCCCUCAGCCCCCCCAGGACGGCCUGGCAAGCCUUUUGAGUUGGACCUAGACAUCGCCGAACCUGUGGAUGGUUCUUCCCAGCAAGGUUCCGAAUAUAUCAUAUUUCGACAGCAGAUUUUGAUUGCCCUGUCAUGCUUCAUAUUGACCUUCACAGGUUGUGGUAUCAACUUUGCCUUCGGGGUAUACGAAGAACUCUACGAGACAUUGGAUGGACCAUUCGAAAACGCAAGUCCCGGGGAGAUUGGUCUCAUUGGAACACUCGCUGCGUCUUUGAUGACGCUAGGUGCCCCUAUCGCCAGUAAUUGGUGUAGAAAGUAUGGUCCUCGCUUUGUUGUACUUCUUGGGGCGGUUCUAUUUGCCAUAUCGGGCAUUUCCGCAUCGGUCGGUACACAGCUAUGGCAUUUUCAGGUUACCCAAGGCUUUCUUCAAGGAUGUGCAGCAUGUCUGAUCUAUAUUCCCGCUGUCACAGUACCCCCUAAAUACUUUGAUGAACGGAGGGCGUUUGCCAUGGGAAUCAUCACUAGUGGCACAGGGUUCGGCGGAAUGGUGUGGGCUCCCUUUCUUCGCUUUCUGAUAUCUUCUCUGGGGUACAGACAGACAAUUCUAGUGGCAGGUGUGAUAGCAGGGAUUGUUGUUGCUAUCUCCGCAUCCGCUUUGAAAGAAGCCAAAAGAGCACCCGUGAAGGCGCCACAGACUCGUGGCAGCCGAAACCUCCGUGACGAAAGGCAGUGUCCUAAGUCAAGAAAAGGCGUGGUCCUUUCCCAAGACUUUAUUUCUCACGCUCUGGGUACUUCUCUCCAAGCAGCGGCAUAUAUGAUUCCGGUAUACUUUAUGUCUUCCUACGCCCGGACCCUCGGGUAUAGCAGAGCUGCUGGAGCAAACAUUAUUGCUCUAAGUGAUGCCUUCAAUUCAGGGGGCAAGAUACUCAUUGGAUACUAUGCAGACCGACUAGGAAGUCUCAAUGCUUUGGUACUUUCGACUUUGGUCAGUGCAGUUGCUACAUUUGGACUUUGCUAUGUGUCUGUCUCAGACUUGGACGCCGAUUUUCACCGUAUUUUAUUCCUCACCUAUGCUUGUAUGUAUGGAAUUACUGCGGGUGCCUAUGUCUCGCUUUUUCCAGCUUCUUUGAUGGAACAAUUUGGGAGUGUAGACUUUGCGAGAGUGAGCGGACUAUUGUACAUGAUUCGUGGAAUUGGAACUCUGGUUGGUACGCCAUUAGGUGGUGCAUUGGUGCGGCAUGAUAUCCACGCUACUGUUCCUUCCAGCUUUGAUAGGACUUUUUUCUUUGUUGGAUUUCUUCUCUUCGGUGCAACAAUCUCCGUCGCCUGGGCUCGAAGCCUCAAGCUCCAACCAUCACCUAUUUCGUAA